UAUCAUCUCAUAUUCUCAUCUCAUCUAACUUGUGUUGUGUCUUGUGUGUUCAUCUUUUAACUUCAACUCUCUCUGGUUCAUUCAUUCAUUCAUUGACAUAAUCCAAAAAGCUACAAACUUUAAUUGAUGGGGUACCUCAACAUGUCUUGCAGAGCUGAAUCCGCAGUUUCAACAAACAAUUCUCUCUCUUCUUCAAAAGAGAAAGAGAAAGAGAAAGAGAAGCCUAUCAAGAUCCAACAGUUCCAAUACAGUGACCUUGAAGCUGCCACCAAUGGCUUCUCUGACCGCAAGCUUCUCGGCAAAGGAAGCCAUGGCUAUGUCUACAAAGCCGUUGUUCGUGGCCGUCCUGUUGCGGUGAAGAGACCAUCUAGACCUCACUCUCUUCUUCACAGACCCAUCUCUUCUUCUUCUUCUUCAUCCGCACCUGAGAUCAACAACGAGGUUGACAACGAGAUCGACAUCUUGUCCAAAAUUCAGAGCCCGAGAUUGGUGAAUUUGGUGGGUUUCUCGAAUGAUUCAAAAGACAGGCUUUUGGUUGUGGAAUUCAUGUGCAAUGGUACCCUUUAUGAUGUUCUUCAUUCUUCUGCUAGACCACCCAAUUGGGGUAGGAGAAUUCGUUUGGCUUUGCAAACUGCAAAGGCCAUUGAUACCCUUCAUUCCUCAACCCCACCUGUGAUUCAUAGAGAUAUAAAGUCUGCAAAUGUUCUCAUUGACCGCAACUUCAAUGCCAGGUUAGGUGAUUUUGGUUUGGCUCUAAGGGGCCAUGUGGAUGACUAUAGACUCAGGUCCACUCCACCUGCUGGCACUAUGGGUUAUCUUGAUCCUUGUUAUGUGACUCCUAAAAAUUUGAGCACAAAGACUGAUGUUUUUAGCUUUGGGAUUUUGUUGUUGGAGAUUAUAAGUGGAAGGAAGGCAAUUGAUAUAACAUAUUCACCACCAUCUAUUGUGGAUUGGGCUAUUCCUCUUAUAAAGAAAGGGAAGUUGCUGGCUGUUUAUGAUCCCAGAAUAGCACCUCCUAAGGAUCCGGUUGUGAGGAAGCAGUUUGCACUGAUUGCAGCAAAAUGUGUGAGGUCUUGCAGGGAGAGAAGGCCUUCCAUGAAUGAUAUUGUUAAUUGGCUUUGUGGGUUGUGUAAAUUGGUGCCUCUUCAUUCAUGGAAUGGUUUUAAUAAUCCUUGCAUGAUGGUUGAGACUGUGGGACGCCCAGUUGAAGCAAGAAAUGGCCAAUUCAGUUCAAGACUGGAAGGCGUGGAAGAUGCUUUGGAUGCCAAAUUGUCAAAAUCUGCAAUGAGAUAUUCACGGAGAGUGUAUUCUGAUUUGGGGUUUAGCAGCAAUUUGAUGGACCUUAUGUCUAACACUGAGGAGCCUGAAUUUCUAAGAGAUGCUGAUGGAGUGGAACAUGGUUCUAAAUCGGCUGAACAAGUUUCUAGCUCAAGGUUUGGCAGUGGAAGAUAUUUCAGAACUGGUAGGAAUCUUUACCGGCCUUGUGGUACUGAUAAGGAUGCAUUUGGUUUGAGUAAAGUCCAAAUUGUUGGUGAAACUUCAAAACAGGAUGUGGUUUCUGGUUCAAAUUUGAAUUCUCUGGCAGCUGAGGUUAUCUAAUUAAUUGCUGAAAGGCUUGUAAGCUUUCCUUGCUUGCAAAUUAUGUAGAUUUGUUGUUAGUUCAUUGUUUGUGGAUUUCAGAAAUGACCUCUUCAUUUAGUAGGUAUUUUGAUUGAAGGGCACAUUACUGAUGUCCCCUUAAAGCUGUUCAAAAAACUUUGCCAAAGGUUUUGUUUCCCCUUUUGUUCCCCCUCAAAAGCAAAUGCAAAAGCCAAUGUAUGAUUCAAGAACACAUUCUGCUGUAAUACAUACAUGAAGCUGCUGCAGAAAAAAUUGUAAAAAAAAAUCUACCAUUGCUUGUUAGUUGAAUAACCUGUUUGUAUGUAGCUCAAAUAAAAUUUCAAUACAAGCACAGCUGUGGA